UUCCCAGACUGUGGCCUCCCGCGCGUUCCCAGCGUUGCAUCAUUUUUAGCUAGAGGCUGCGCUGAAGGAAGGCUGGGCGCGGCACGGUGCGCUCGGUCCCGCUCCAGCCCACAGCCUCCUCUCCUCACCCUCCCGACCUGCCCCCGCAGGGACCCGCAGACCCCCGGGGCACGACUGACAGAGGCCGCUGUGUCCGCCCGAUCCUUUCAUUGAGAGCCGCCCUUCGGUGGGAGCCCGAUUCCCUUCUACAGCCCGGAGCGCUGACCGCGGCAUGGAGAAGAGCAGCGACACUAAUGGCUACCUGGACAGCGCCGCCGCGGAGCCUGCAGCCCGGCCCCGCGAGCCCGAGGCGGCGGGCCGCACGCAGCGCUGUGUUCGCUUCCUGCGGCGCCAGGCGCUAGUGCUGCUCACCGUGUUCGGGGUGCUGGUGGGCGCCGGCAUGGGCGUGGCUCUGCGCGGACUCCACCUCACCCGCACGCAGAUCAGCUACCUGGCCUUCCCCGGCGAGAUGCUGCUCCGCAUGCUGCGCAUGAUCAUCCUGCCGCUGGUGGUCUGCAGCCUGGUGUCGGGCGCCGCCUCCCUGGACGCCAGCUCCCUCGGGCGUCUGGGCGGCAUCGCCGUCGCCUACUUCGGCCUGACGACGCUGAGCGCCUCUGCGCUCGCGGUGGCUUUGGCGUUCAUCAUCAAACCAGGGGCGGGCGCAGAGACCCUUCAGUCCAGCAUCCUGGGGCUGGAGGACUCGGGGCCUCCUCCGGUCUCCAAGGAGACGGUGGACUCUUUCCUGGAUCUGCUCAGAAACCUACUUCCCUCCAAUCUUGUGGUUGCAACGUUCAACACGAUUGCAACCAGUUACAAAAUGAUAACCCACAACACCAGCUCUGGCAACAUGACCCAGGAGAAGAUCCCUGUCGUCUCUGAUAUUGAAGGAAUGAACAUUUUGGGACUGGUUUUUUUUGCCCUGGUGUUAGGAGUGGCUCUAAAGAAGCUAGGCUCUGAGGGAGAAGAGCUCAUCCGUUUCUUCAAUUCCUUCAAUGAGGCAACGAUGGUGCUGGUGUCCUGGAUUAUGUGGUAUGUACCUAUAGGCAUCAUGUUUCUGAUUGGAAGCAAGAUUGUGGAAAUGAAGGACAUUGUCAUGCUGGUGACCAGCCUCGGGAAAUAUAUCUUCGCAUCAAUAUUGGGCCAUGUUAUUCAUGGAGGAAUUGUUCUACCUCUGGUCUAUUUUGCUUUUACACGGAAAAACCCAUUCAGAUUCCUCCUGGGCCUCCUCACACCAUUUGCAACAGCAUUUGCUACCUGCUCCAGCUCAGCAACCCUUCCUUCUAUGAUGAAGUGCAUUGAAGAAAACAAUGGUGUAGACAAGAGGAUCAGCAGGUUUAUUCUCCCCAUUGGGGCCACCGUGAACAUGGAUGGAGCAGCCAUCUUCCAGUGUGUGGCCGCAGUGUUCAUUGCCCAGCUCAACAACGUGGAGCUGAGUGCAGGGCAGAUUUUCACCAUUCUAGUGACAGCUACAGCAUCCAGUGUUGGCGCAGCAGGCGUACCAGCUGGAGGGGUCCUCACCAUCGCCAUCAUCCUAGAGGGCAUUGGGCUACCCACACAUGACCUCUCUCUAAUCCUUGCUGUAGACUGGAUUGUGGACCGAACCACCACUGUGGUAAAUGUGGAAGGGGAUGCCCUGGGAGCAGGGAUCCUCAACCACCUGAAUCAGAAGUCAAUGAAGAAAGGUGAGCAGGAGCUCCAAGAGGUGAAGGUGGAGGCCAUUCCCAACUACAAGUCUGAGGGGGAGACGUCACCGCUGGUGACACACCAGAACCCUGCAGGCCCUGCAGCCAGUGCUCUGGAACUUGAAUCUAAGGAGUCAGUGCUGUGACACAGCUGAGUUGCUAGCCAAACUGCUAGUUCUGGCAGCCUGCCCUGGUAGCCUGCCUCAUUAUUUAGAAGUGGGCAUGGCCGUCACGGACUUUGAGUUUCUCAAGCAAUGCUUUGCCCAAUCACCAAUUUGAGGGUGACCUCUUGGCACAGGCAUUGGGCUCCCAGGCCAGAACUGUUUACCAAGGAUCAGGACACUCUGAUGGUUGGCUUGAUCCAUGUCUCAGUGCAGCUGCAGAUACACCCUGACUCUGUUUGGAAACACCCCCUUGAGCUGCCAGGCCUACAUGGAGUCCUGUAGGCGAAGCUUGGGGACAUGCAGAUGCAUUCUUCAUUGCCCCCUGGUUAGCUACAUCGGGUGUUUUCUGGGCAAACCAGUUGUCUGUCACAUUGCCUCAUCAGCAGUAGUCAUUGGAGAAAUUCUCAAAUUCUUUGACUGGGCUGGAAUUUCCUGAGCUGAGACUUCAGUUUUUUUUUUUUUUUAAAUUGUGCUCCACUUGUAUAGAUGGCUUCUGGGGGGCUUCCCAGUGCCAGGUCAUAAAUACACCAAGUAGGUUAGGAUGGCUGGGGCCUCAGGAGCUUGAGUGAACCAUAUAAAUUCUGAGGUCAGGGAAAGGAGUUGAGGGGGGGCCCUAAUUAUUACAAGAUACAAUCAGGGUGGGGAGUACCCUGAUUAGGGCAAGAAACAGGGCUGUGCCCAUCCUAGCCCUAUGGCACUUCUCUGCUUCCUUCUGAGGCCUGGGUCUCUGUGAGCACUUCAUCUUUAUCUCCAUUUUGGUUUGGCAACAGGCCCUGGGGACCUCUUUCUCUAGGAGGUGUCAUGUGGUCACUGCAUUGUUGACCCAUAUUGGUUAAUCAGUCUGUUAGUAUGGUUUAUAGAUCCUAUGGUUGUAGAUCCUCUCUAAAAUGCUACAGGGCAGCCAAGAACAAAAUCACAGGACUUCUCCUCACCCAGUCAACCCAUGCACUAAUCAAAGGGGAGCUCCUGUUCUCAGGUCCCCUAGCUUUGACUGAUUUCCACAGGUGUGGACUUGCUUCUGUGUGACCGGUGGCAAGUCCUGGAUCCUGUCACCUGUUCUUACCUACAUCAGUGGGAUCUGGUGAGGCAAGCUCUAAAUCUGAAAACGGUCAUUUUGUUGCUUGGAAAUCAAGUCUUAACACCUGUACGCUUUCAACUUACCUGAGGGACAGCUUUCUCCAGGGAGCACAGCCACUGGUGAGGGCAGCUUUCCUGAAAGAGCUCUGUCCUCUUCAUGCCUCAGCACUCAUUCCCAAGAGUCGUUUGAUAGCAUUGAAGCUGCCUCUUCCCUGGCGUGCUACCCACUGUCCACCACAUCUCUCUUGUUGUACCCCCAGGUCCAGGCCCCAUUUCUGCUGCCCCACCCAUGGCAGGAGAUUAAGCCCCAGAUGUCACCCUUACUCAUUCUCUUGCUUGCCCUGGUGUGUGUAUCACUGAAACCCACAGACUUGGGACAGAGACCACUUUACAGUGGGACCUAUGCCUGAGUGGAGGGAUGGGAACAACCCAUGGGAAACAGAACCCAUGCAGCCAGUAAGAAGGCCUGGCUCUCUUUAAAUCAACUGGGCCACUCCACUCUCCAGUGGGGACAGGAGUGUCCAGGAAGGAACCAAGAAGAGAGUGGCCUGGGAUCUUGGGCCCCUGGCCAGAGCUUGUUGCCAACACUGUUUUUAAAAGAAGAAACAAUCACAUCAUUUGAUUACUAACUACAAAUGAGCAUUUGUUAAUUUUUGGGCUUCAGUGAAUCUUUUUCCUUCUUACAUAUAUUAUGUAUUUCCUUACAUAUAUUAUGUCUAUAUACAUACACAUAUGUAUGUCUAUGUGUGGUAUGUGUAUGUGUGUGCGUGUACAUGUGCGGUUUUAGCUCCAACCCAAGCAAGUUUGAGUUUGGAUAGAGGAGUACUAAACUACAAGCUAUAUCUUUGCCAUUCUGAUUUUCCCAUUUUUAAGAGGAAUCAUUAAAUUGGGAUUGGAGCUAUACUCAUGUCCCAUCCUAGACCCACAGUGAAGAAUGCUGCUGGGGUCUGGAGGAGGAUAACCUUUGGAGGCCAGAAGAAGAGGGAGGAGGUGCCGGGUCUCUGAUUUGGGGCCCACAGAGGAAUCCAGGCAGUUGGUAACUGAGGAAAAUUCCACCAUGACUGUCUGAAAUAUGUCCCUGCUGUUCUCUAACAUGUAAAUAACCAUUCAUCUCUGACGUUUUGUAUAUGUGUGAUACCGGCCUUAAAACAUAGCACGGUCAUCAAAAAUGAAUACAGUAUUUUUACUGGCA